AUGGAUACUAGCUACAUAACGUAUUUAACAGUUCUGGCUAUUUUGGACCUUUUAGGGUCUCACUCCAUCACCGGUCUGACCUUAUGUGGCAAUACUCGACACGCUUAUAGACAAAGUCAGAAUAGUUUUUCAAGGAGUGGGAUUUGUCGGGAUCAUGAGAGAUGUGUCAAAGAUGGGAAGAAAUGCGCAUUUGCCAAACUCUCCUGUCGAACUGGUCACUCGAUUUACAACCCUAUGGUUCAGGGGCUUCACUCCUCCAAGACAGGCACCUGUACUGGACUAACAUCUCAAUUAAUGAUUGACACCAGCUCGUGUCACUGGAAGAACAUGUGCACAAUUAAAUUCCCAAAAGUGCCUAUAAUCGUUAAACAUCUGGACGGCGAGGAAAAUUGCUCUGGAAAAUGCAUACAUGCUGUACAUGUAAGGAAUUGGCAGUGCAUCAAAAAUACAAUGAUCCAUAAGAUGUGUGACGAGACUGCAAGUUUUGAAAUAAAUACAGCCAAUGAAAGGACACGUCAGGGUGUUGUUCGUAGUCACGAGGCGUGGCCUUUCCUGGAAAAAACGGUCGGAAUCCCUGGCGGCGUGACGGAAUGUAACAAGACUUUCUAUCCCCACCUACUUGGAGUUCCAGGUGGAUUCACUAAGCUAGCGCUGGUCGUCGUCUCCUUGGAUCUUCACUCGGAGUUUGAAACUCUUCGUGCUGAGUCCAACAACAACAUAAUUGAAUUUCGCAACAAUGACUGGCCCAGUGUUCAUGUCUUUCCUGAUGCAAAAACAGUUGUCCUUAGUCUUAGAAAGAUCGGUGAAGUCAACACUGGCAAGCGAAUUGGUGGAUCUGGAUUUGUUAUCUGCUUCAAAUUUGUGAGAAGAGGAGAAAACCCAGGACCGGAGGAAGUGUGCGGACAGGUAUUCGAGCCCAACCGAAGAGACGCGAAGUGCAUUAAUUGUAAAUAUAAGAGGAAGGGUAAGCGUAUCCGAGACUCUUGUAAGGAUGACACGGAAGGUGUGAGGAUAUUCAACGUCACCUUACUCAACACAAAGAAGCAGGUUAAAGACGGCUGUAGACCGUGGAGCAUGGUUGAGAAGCCAUGCAAGAAAAGCCAAAAAACACGAAAAUCAGGCAAAGGAAGAUCAAAUGACAAGAAAAAACGAAUCCGACAUCGGAAAAAAGGCCGCGGCAGGGGCAAACAACGGGGCGGAUUAAGGACCUGACUCGGGCACUUGAAGAGGUGUGGAAGAAUGUGUAAGGAUAUAUUUUAGUUAAUUUAUCGACUACUGAGAGGAUGAAGGAGAGGAAUGUGCGAAAAAACAAAGACAUAUAAAGGACAACGGCAAUAGCAUGUGGUCCAAUGACUAAGAUCAAGUCAAUACAUAACACCAUACCAUAAAAGCAUAACGGUUAAAUCGAACGUUACAUAAUCGCUCAUAUUAUAGUUACUAUCAGAAUAUUAUAAUGCGCAUACGAACACAUGGGUUUGUUGAAUUUAUCAAUAAUACAUAAAAAUAAAAACUGUCCGAGCAGAAGAACAUUUUAUUGUGAAAAUAUAAUCGGAUUUCACAUAAUGGAGUUCCUGUGCGUUUUCCUUGUCUCUUUCAACUAUUGUGCGGCAUGGAUUAAGUACCUUAUAACGAACAGCUGUAGACGAAAGAAAUGUAUCCAGAUAAUAAUAUAUGGCAUGUUCUUCCCAGCUGCUUUUUAUUGUAGAUGAAACAAAGAUGACAUGUUAUCGACAGUAUGUACAAGUUGGUGAAUAACAUUGUUGUAAGAUUUACCGAAGAAUAUGUGUAUUUUUUAAUCCCCAGUGUACAAAGAUAAUAAAAACAUCAAUCAUACUCAUCACUUAAUGCCCCAUAUACCCCUUCCUUUGAUUUUGAAUUAGAUAAAGGCAGUGUCAAUAUCUUAAUCCGUGUAUAAAAAUUAUACAUGAACAUUUUUGUCGCAUUAAAAUGAAAUUUUAUUAAACA